AUGCUAAUGCUAUGUUUACGAAAGCGGGGUGUGACGAUAAAACUUUCAUUUUCUAAUUUCUACAUGUAGUUUUUAGGUAUUUUGUAGCCGGAAUAUUUUUUUUUACCAGUUUAUCAAAAUGAGCAUACAAUCAACAUGUGUCACAGUGGUCACUCUGCUGUUUAUUCUUAGUUAUGUUACUUGUCAAAGAUCUCCAACUAUCUCACAUAUUUCGCCCGAGCAGAUCAAAGAUGUUGGAGGUAUCGCCGAGCUGGAAUGUUCCGUACAGUACGCCCAAGAGUAUCCAAUCCUUUGGGUCAAAGUCGAUCGACUCCGAGGGAGUGAGCAACUGCCCAUCUCGAGUGGAAGUUCACUCAUCGUAAGGGAUAGCCGAUUCGCUCUACGUCAUGAUGUGUCGAGCUCAACGUACACCUUGCAAAUCAAAGACAUCCAAGAAUCAGAUGCUGGACUCUACCAAUGCCAGGUCAUCAUCGACUUGGCGAACAAGUUGACGUCGGACGUGUGGCUGAUGGUUCGCCGACCUCCGAUAAUAUCGGAUAACUCUACAUUGGGUGUGGUUCGGAGUGAAGGCCAGAACGCAGAUCUCGAGUGUUAUGCCACCGGAUUCCCGACUCCUAAAAUAUCAUGGAGGCGAGAAAACAACGCAAUUCUGCCCACUGGUGGCUCUGUUUACAGGGGUAACAUCUUGAAAAUUCCGGCAAUUCACAAAGAAGAUCGCGGGACAUACUACUGUGUUGCAGACAAUGGUGUGGGAAAGGGAACCUCAAGGCGUAUCAGCGUCGAUGUCGAAUUUCCUCCUGUCAUUACCAUUCAAAGGUCUCAUCUUGGUCAGGCGCUCGGGUUCGAUAUGGAUUUGGAGUGCCAUGUUGAAGCGUAUCCCCUCCCAGCAAUUGUCUGGAUUAAAGAUGAAGUGCAGCUUUCCAGCAACCAGCACUACAGCAUCUCGCAAGCCGGUGUCGGAACUGAUUUCACGGAUGCUAGAAUCAGAAUUCUGUCCGUAGAAAGACGACAGUACGGGCGGUAUAUGUGUAAAGCGGUAAACAAGCUGGGUCAAAGUGAAGCGUACAUCGAUUUAUACGAAACUUCAAACCCAGUUUGUCCACCAGCUUGCGGGAACUCUCGGCACGGUGAUGCGACCAGCAUAGCAUCAAGUACUCUUCUGCUCAUUGCGUCAGUAGCAUUCGCAUCUUGCAACUGGUAAUUGAGAUAUUUCUGAGGAGCCAUUUUGUUCCGUUUAGAGUAUGUUCCGAGGUCCCAGAAACAGAACUGAUCAAAUCUACACCAAACGUACCUGGAACUAUACUAGUUGGAACACAGGAGUGAGUAAUCUGUACUGGAAAAAAUCCAUCGACCUUAAACCGACCUGCCUGUAAGCUUGACAGUCUUUCUUUCAUUUUUUUUACAUGGGUGCUUAUUCCAUCCAAAAAAUUUUAUGAUAAUUUCUCUCCAAAGAUGAUCAAUCAAAGUUUUUCCUUGAUGGCCAAGCCAUUUUAAAAGGGCUAUGCGAGUACUUGAAUUUCGAGUCGAGUUGAGCCAAGUAUGGAGUUCUCGGCGCGAGUGCCGAUAACGCAAGUUUUUUCGUGUUUUUCGAGCUUUUUUGAGCUGCACAUGCCAAAAGAGUCCAACUCUCAAUUAUUUUAAUCAUACUAUCACUAUUCUUAGUUUUCCAUCAUUUUUCGAUUGUAAAGUCAUGUGUUAAAACUCAAAGUUACUCAAACUGGACUCAAAGGCCAUUUUCAUAGCUCGAACAAGCUGAACUUUGCUUCAAAUAGUGAAAUAUUACUCAAACUUGGCUCAAACUAAAAAAAAUCAGGCUUGCCUAGCCCUACAUUUAAAUUGUGACUAAGCUCGGUUCGAACCAAAACUUGCCUUAAGUCGAAAAAAAAUACAAGGUAAUCAGUGCCUUACCAUAGACCAAGAAAAGUAUUUGUUUUUGCUUUUACUAAUUUAUCUAACUUUCUCAGAUGGAUGACUUCGAAAUCAUUUACCUCAAACACAAGCUUUCAAAAUUUCUGUUUACCUUAUUUUAUGUGGAGAAAACACUUCAUCAUGGAGAUUUGAAAUUUUUACAGGAUGACCCUAGAAUGCUCUUAGAAUGUUGGAAACAAUUAAUGAAUCAACCAUAUGGUGAAAAUUUCAAACCAAAAUGUUGAUUUUAUUUUCUGUUUAAAAAGUCAAGUAAGCUUGGAAAUUUUGACAGGUUGCGUUUGAGGUGUGCAAUUUUGAGGGUGAGCCAUCAAUAUGCUGUUUUCAUUUCUUGCACUGGAACGCCAGUUUAUUUUGUUUUUUCCAAAAUGGAAAAAAUGCCUAAGUACAAAAGCAAUAAAGUAAUAUCCACACAGCAAGAAAGCGCAUUGGAAGUCCAACCGAUGUCAAAUCACUUUAAACUCAAUUGAAUCGUCAAUUUUGCAUCGAAGACAUUCUUUGGCUAUCAUAGCCAGGCUAAAAUUCUGAUUUUGAAUGGGAGUUUCAAAAUUGGUGAAGAAUUCUGCCUUUUCUUUGCUGUUAUCGCAAGAAAAGGGUCAUUCUGUCUGGCCAUGUCAUUCAUUCCAAUUUUUAAGGGUCAAUGAACUCCCGCCAUAGAUUAAUAGUUUUAUCAUGCACCGUUUUGCGCACCUUUUAGUACAGCAAUUACAACCAAAAUUCUGCGCAGUUUUUAUAUAUUAUAUGUACGUCUGCCGGGUGAAAUUUUAUUAUUCACGCGUUGCCAGAAAUCUAAUGUUUUAUGUUUUAUUGUAAUAUUUUCAUUUUAGCAGCCUACUAUUAUUGCCUAUCGUAUUGACGCUGUGCAAUUUAGAUUAAGGGCUUUUACUUCGUAGAGCUUAAGUACUGUGUACAUACUCACUCAUUAGUGAGAGAUUUUACCGUCCAUCAGGAGUACCUUUUUUAUUUUUUUCUUAUUAGGAAGUGGUCACGAUUAUCACUUAAAUUUCUCAACAGAAUUCCAUGUGCCCAUCGUAGAUCUGAAUCGCCUUUUUUACCUUCUUCUUUUAGAUUUACAAUUCGUACAUAUUCGAUUGUAUUUUUCAAUUACAAAUCUACAAUUCGUAUAGUACCACAUAAAUGUGGACUAAAAGUUCAUUUUUUACGUGGAGUUCUUUCCUGAAAAAACGUUUGGGUAGGUAUGUUCCCCUCUGUUCAGAUUUAAUGUGAUGUAGCUUUACUUUGUUGCACUCUGUCCAAUUGAUAAUCGAUUGCUGCUACCAUUAAAUGAAACUCUUUCCGUCUUUGAAAUGCUUUCAACUGGAUCAAUCAGUACUGGAUUUGCUUUAAUCCAUCAGGUCGAAAAUUUAUUUCUUUUUUUCCACUUGAAAUUUGUCAUCUACAAAUAAGAUUUUUUUUAAAUGCUACCUUAUGAAAUUUUUCGAACCCUUCAGUGUUUAUUUUUUUACUUACUUACUAAAGCAAUGGUAAAUGCAACAGAUUAAUGCCGACUGAUACACUAGUAACAAUUUAUUAAUGAUUUUUCCUCAGAGAAUUUUCCUCUCCUAAAUCUCUAUUCUUUUGAAGCUACUCUUUUAAUGUUCCGUAUUAAUUUAAGCAUGAAUAUAUUUAGAGGACUUCUUACUGUUUAAGGUUUGUUUUUAGUUUGGAAAUGUCCUGAUUUUUUUUUUUUAAACAAAUUAUGUCUUCUCUGUAAUUACCCCUAGUAUUUAACCUCUUGGUCAUAAGAACAUUACUGCCAUGCCAAGGAACAAUGCCGUAUGAACAUUCGAUAGUUGCUGAAUUUCCUCCAACAAAAUUCUAAUUUUUGAGGAGAGCUAUGAAUGUUUUCUCUUGAAAUUUUUAGAUAAUUUAGAUCUGAUUGCCAACAAAAACCUCUGCAAAUUUGGAGGAAAAAUCUUCUUUGUAAUCAGAUCUAAACAAUCUGAAUAUUUCAAGAAAUAAUAUUUGUCCCUCUUCUCAGAAAUUAGCAUUUUAGCAGAGGAAAUCUGGAAACUUUUUAUUGUUUGUACGGCGAUUUGCCUCAGCACGUCAGUAUUAGCCAGCGAUUUUGUCCUCUGAACAUGGCAUAUCAGAUUUUCAAGUAUUUUUUUGUAAAAAAUUUAUUUUUUAAACUGAACCUUUCCAACCAUUAUCACUCUGGUUUCGUUUGAUGUGAAAAUUUGAAACUAUUAACAAAUUUUGAUAUCGGACAGGAAUUUUUCUUCUCUUCCAGACGGAUAUACCAGGAACACAUCUGCUCUGCCUACUUUCUUCUCCCUCCGUCCAUUCCAGAUUAUUAUACUGGUGUAUUUGUCGCAUCAGUUCGCAAUUUUGUAUCAUUCCUUGUGAUAAAUUAUAGAUCUGUAAAAGUGAAUGCGUUUUAUUAUAGCCAUCAUAUUUGUCAAAGGAUUCUCCAACAAGGCCUGAAUUAAAAUAUUACGUAACAUGUUUUCUCUUCAAUGUUUCACGACAAGGUGGCAUGAAAAAUAAAGGAACUUUAGAAAGAUUGAAAAAUUUUGUGAAAUAUUUCAUGAAAUCUCACGAGACUGAGAAAUUUUUUAAAAAUUUGAAACGCUCAUUUCAGGAGUAGGGUAUGCAACCCGCACUGGAAACACCUAUCGACACAAAAAAAAUCCUCAGUUUUUUUAUGUAACUCUUGAUUUUUAUUUCUUAUCAUAUGGGGAACAUGAGUGUAAAACAUUAAUGCCUCUAAACGACGUCGUCAGCGUUUCGAUAAUUAUUCAGCCUGAGCUGAUAAUCUGUGAAUAGAGUUAUAUCUUUCAUCUAUUUCUGAAAUUUCAUGAAAUAUUUCAUGUGAAAUUUCUUGACUUUAUUUUUAUUAAAAUUUUGCAAUCCUCUUUCAUGAGGAUAAUGAAUCAAACAAUUGGAAAGCUGGUGAGUGUUUACAACUGACCCUGUCAAUAUAUCAGAAAUAUACAAAUAAUGUCAUUUUUAUAACUUUAGCAAAAUAUCAGAAGCACAAAUAAUGUCAUUUUUAUAACCUAAUUUCAGUCUAAUCAGUGUUGAAAAUACUGUUUACUAACUCAUUCAGGAGUUGAUUUUCGAAAUUUCCACUUUUUGAAUAAUUGUCCACGCAAAGUUUUGAAGAGAAAACUUUUUAUGUUUUUUCAUAGUUCAGAUCCUGUGUAGUGAUCCAUUGGGGUAAGCAUUUUUUUGCAAUUAGCCAUCAAUAAAGGAAGUCUGUUCAGUCUUCCAAAAAAAAAAAUGACCAAUGUAUCUGAACAUUUUUUUGAUGACGCCUAGUGAAGUUCAUCUUGGAGGGACCGGAUUUGUCGCCUUUCUAAAAUGCAUUCACUUUUGAUUACGAAUCCGUCCAAUUUUUGUAAUCUUUGAGUGUGUUCGAUCAUGCUUGUUUUUUUAUAAGAUCUGAUCUUACUCUUGUUUGUUAUUUUCUUUAUCUUUUUUGAAAUUAUUUAUGGUUUUCAACUCAAAACUUUUUUAUUGACUGUAUGUUCCGCCAAUGUUUGAAUUCCGCACUCUUUUGGAAUAAAAUUAUUUUUUUACUUCUUUAAAA